GGAGAUUGGCGAAUCUGGAGACGAUGGAGCUGGAGAUCCUGGGCAUGAACUUCGGCUGCGUCCUCUCGGCGCUGUCGGACGCCAAGAUCCCGGAGAAAGACUGCCUGCUCCCGCUCGUCUCCAAGCUCCUCGGCUACUGCAUCGUGGCCGCCUCCACCACCGUCAAGCUCCCGCAGAUACUAAAGAUUUUGAAGCAUGGAAGUGUUAGAGGACUUAGUGUAGCCUCCUUUGAGCUUGAGCUCAUUGGCUACACAAUUGCUCUGGCAUAUUGUAUUCAUAAAGGACUGCCCUUUUCAGCUUAUGGAGAGCUAGCUUUUCUGCUGAUCCAAGCAAUUAUCUUGAUUGGAAUCAUUUACUAUUACUCGCCACCAAUGGGAAGCAAAACAUGGAUGAAAGCUUUGCUAUAUUGUGGCCUAGCUCCGACUGUUUUGGCUGGAAAAAUUGAUCCAGGUCUUUUUGAAAUCCUUUAUGCUUCACAGCAUGCCAUCUUCUUUUGUGCUAGAGUACCGCAGAUAUGGAAAAAUUUCACAAAUAAGAGCACUGGCGAGCUGAGCUUCCUGACUUCUUUCAUGAACUUCGCUGGUUCCCUCGUAAGAGUUUUUACCAGCAUCCAGGAGAAGACUCCAUUAAGUGUACUUAUGGGCUCUGUAAUCGGCAUCGUAACAAACGGUACGAUCUUGGGUCAGAUAGCGAUGUACCAAAAGCCCGUGCCGAAGAAAGGGAAGAAAGAAGAGUAAUAAGGCGCGAGAGAAAGGACAUGAGGUUCUUCUUGGUUGGUUUACAAUUUUGCUCCAGGCUAUUCUUGGAGCAAGAUUGCGUCACUUACCUGCAGACCUCACGAAACAGUAGGCAGAGAAUUCAUGCAGACUUGUGUAACGAUGAAAACAAUAGGAUAUUUCUUUCUUUUUAAUUUUUGCAAGUGCCGUAAAAUGACUGUUUGUGUAGUUCGAAUUGCCACCCUGUUUAGUUUACUCUGUGCAACUGUUUAAUGAUGCUAGAAAAAUGUAUAUCCCUUUUUAUGUUUGAAUAUUAUUUGUUGUUUUUAGCAAUUCUCUCCACUUUGGUGUUCA